CGCCCUGAUGCGGCGGUCCAUACUAAGCGGGCAUCUUCGCGGUGUCACAACCUCCGCGUGGUAUAAAUACUGCGGUCACCCGUUCCAGAGCAUAGUCCAGCUCUAUUGUCUGAACAAUCCAUCCAACCAAGAAAAAUGGCUUCUAAGUUCAUCGUAUUCUCCUGCCUGGUGGCGAUGGCCCGCGCGGGCGCGGUGGUGGCGGGAGCAGUGGCGGCGCCGCUAGUGGCCGCCCCCGCGCCCCUGGUCGCCGCCCCCGUCGCGGCCCGCCUCGAGGAGUUCGAGCACCCUCAGUACAGCUACGGCUACCAGGUGUCGGACCACAUCACCGGCGACUACAAGGAGCAGAGUGAGCAGAGGGACGGGGACUUUGUGUCGGGACGCUACUCGCUGGUGGAGCCUGAUGGCGCGAGCCGACGAGUCGUAGAAUACGCUUCCGACCCCGUCAAUGGAUUCCAGGCUGUUGUCCGCAACGAGCCCCUGGUAGUCGCCGCGCCUGCCGUGGUGGAGCCCGCCCGUAUCGCCGCCGCCCCGGUCGCGCCUGCCCGCCUCGCCGCCGCGCCCGUGGUCGCCCCCGCGCCCGCCCGCCUCACCGCCGCCUACCCCGCCCCGGCCGCCCGCUACUUCACCGCCGCCCCCGUGGCCUCGCCCUUCGCCCGCCUCACCGCUGCCUACCCGUACAGAUUCGCUCCCGCCGCGUCUGUGGUCGCUGUCUGAGCUAAGGAAUGCGAUAACGACGGACUGAUCUACUCUAUUUUGGUUUAUUAAAUUUUCUACUUGACUUAAA